CCUUCCGCCCGUAGGCCUUCCCGCCACCACGAGGCCUGGUCUGCUUAAGUCCAUUGCUGAGGCAACGACGCAGCGUGGGCCCUCUGGCCCGCCAGGAUGAACAUCCGCAAUGCCCGGCCGGACGACCUGAUGAACAUGCAGCACUGCAACCUGCUCUGCCUGCCGGAGAACUACCAGAUGAAGUACUACUUCUACCAUGGCCUGUCAUGGCCCCAGCUCUCCUACAUCGCUGAGGACGAGGACGGCAAGAUAGUGGGCUAUGUCCUGGCCAAGAUGGAGGAAGACCCCGAUGAUGUCGCCCAUGGACACAUCACCUCGCUGGCCGUGAAGCGCUCGCACCGGCGCCUCGGCCUGGCCCAGAAGCUGAUGGACCAGGCCUCACGGGCCAUGAUCGAGAACUUCGGUGCCAAAUACGUGUCCCUGCACGUCAGGAAGAGCAACAGGGCUGCCCUGCACCUGUAUUCUAACACCCUCAACUUCCAGGUUAGUGAGGUGGAACCCAAGUACUAUGCCGAUGGGGAAGAUGCUUACGCCAUGAAGCGAGAUCUCUCUCAGAUGGCAGAUGAGCUGAGGAGGCAGCUGGCGCUGAAGAAGAGCAGAUCCGUGGUUCUGGGCUCCGAGGAGAACCAGGAGACCCAGGGCAGCACACUUCCUGAUGCUGAAAAGGCCUGUCAGCCCGAGAACCCCACAGGCAAAGACACUGGCAGCCACAGCACUGAUGUCCAGGACAGUUCUGAGGACUUGGAUUCCACCUCCUAGAGCAUUGCCUGAGCAUUGCUGGUCUUCAUGUCUCAGCCACAUCUAUUGUGUGAAACCUUGCUUAACUGGUGUGCUCUGCAGUAUCUUCUCUGCUACUCUGGGAUUAUCUCCCAGUGACUCAAGUGGCUUCUUGUCUUCAACUCUCCAGAACCUUCCACAUAAAGCUACUGUGAUCAUGAAGGAGGAACACCUCAGCGCAAGAGCCAAGGAAACUUGAGGUCUGCCGUGACAGAACAUCCCUGGCGUUCGUUCUCUCACUGUGCUGCCUCUGUACUGUUUGUGGUGAUUCUGUGUUGGCUUGUAGAUACAUUGCACAGUUGUCUCAUAGAAAUAACAUUUAGGAAGCAGGGACAACUCUGGAGGUUUCAGCUUGAGGGUUUUGCCAUUAAUUUUAUGUGUUUCCAUCACUAAGGGGGUAGUUGGGGCCAUCAAGUUAGACCUCGUGCCCCUUUCCUCUUCUGGUGCUAUUUACCUGUUUACUCUUGCUUUCUAUGGAACUCCAUGUGUCCUGUCCUCCACAUUCAAGGGGUGUUCUCCCCCACUUUCAGUGGGAAAACGUGAUAAGGAAGGGCUCUACGACACCAUACAAGCAGAAUGUAUAAACUUUAAGAGCGGGCAGUGAUUAAAUUGGACGCUCAUCUGCUUGUGCAUGUCAGUUGCUUUUUUGUGUUUGCUUUCUUCUGUAAUGAUGUCACUUGCCAUUUAUUGAGGAUUGCAGUGUUCACAUGAAGUGCUAUGACAUUUACUAACAUGUAGCCCUAUGAGGUGGGCAUUAUUAUCUCUGUUUUACAGAUAAGAAAUCGGAAGCAGUGCAGGGAUUUCAACCCAACCCUUGGUGAAAUCAGAGCCAACGUUUUUUCCUUGCUCCUCUUUGAACUCAAAAUUUAUUUGCAAAGCCAUGUUAAAGUGUAAAAUGGCAAAAAGGAGAUAAAAAUGUUCAGCAUUGACUUAAUAUAGGACAACUACAUGUCAAUUGUAAAUAUUUAUGUAACCUUCAAUUGUAAUCCCCGUUGAGUGUCUCAGUAAAAGUAAGUGAAGGCAAAGGGCUUUGACUUCCCACAGAAAAGUCACAGAUAGAUGGACUUUGAACAGAGUAAUGCUUUCAUAUUCUUGGAACAUUAAUUACCAAAAUGUCCAACAUGUUCAUGUUUACAUUUUUAUGAAAACUGGAGUAUAUGGAUUUACAUCUAAGCCCUGACAUUAAGCAGCUGAUGACAAGAGAUGAGUCUGUCCUGUAAUCCAUCAUCAGCCCUGCUAAGUACUUCUUACAAAUCGGCCCCAGUGUGUGGAGAAUAGCUGUCUAAGGGUAACGGCGUGCCUGAGGCAGACAUACAACUUUCUUUUUUCUCCAUAGGAUUUGCCACUUUGUGUGUCAACCUAGUCUUCAGUCUUUCCAUUUUCCUUUUUUUUCUUUUUAAUUUUCUCCCUUACUUCUGAAAUGGUUUUAUUCUUUCCCCUCAAGCAUAUGAUUAUCUCUUUAUUUUUAAAUAUUACAGCUUUCUAACAUCUGUCUCUGGGGCAGCAUAAUCUUACUGAUAAAAUAUUCUGUGUUUUCCUUGAGCCCUUGUCAAUAUGUCUUCGUGGUAACAGCUCAGCAGAUGGAGAAACAGAAGGAAUAGCCUCAGCUUACCUGACUGAUUUCUCCAGCCCAGCACCAGCCACAUUGAGUCUAGUAACCUGAUGUUAAUCAUCGCAGCAAUUGGGAAAUCAGAAAGGCUUCCAGGCAUUGGCAGUGUCCCUGAAUAAAGCCAUCGGUGCUUUGCUUUGUUACCAGGAGACAUCAGAAAUCCAGCAAUGCAGCAGCCUACCUAGUUUGGGUUAUGACUGUUUAGAUAAUAAAAGUAAACAGUGUUCUAACAUUGUUUAGGGCAUAAAUUACCAAGUUCCCAGGCAGCUCCAGGGGUGUGCUGCUGAUGGACCAGAAGCAACCAUCUUUUCCCGUUCCUGGGAGUGAGGGCCUCUGACCCUCCUUUCAUAACAGCACUGUUCUCUUCACACAGCAAAUUAUGAUUCCCUGAACAGGCUGCUUGCUUUUCCCUUAAGCCUGGUCCUUGAGAGACCGGAGCAAGGACCUAGAACAGUUCAUAGUAUGAGUGUAGUGUGCGCUGUAGACUGACUCACGCCCUUCUGAAUGCCUGGCUUUACAGAAACUUGAGUGAAGCCUGUUUUGUCAGCAAAUUGUUCAAAGCUCCUAGUCACCAGAACGAAGUCUUGUGUAGUUGUGUCAUCAACUCAUGAAUAAAGCCUGUGGGUUACAUAGCUGAAAACCUGUUCUUCCCUUGGAGAGAAAAGCAAUAAGGAAGAGAUGAUAUGAAAUAAAAUAAUGGAAUAUGGGGGUAAGGGAGGCACAGAGUAGUCUCAGAAAUUGAGCCAAAGCUGCUAAGCUUUAAAAGGAUCAAGAAAUAAAGGAUUUUUUCUCAUUAGUUCUCUGUAAUGCUGAUACUAACUAGUAAUGGUCAUAAAAGUCAACUUCUAACCAGUCUAAGACACUUAUUAGAUUUCUUUGAAUUAGACCUUAAGUAAUUUAGAAUCUCAUUCACUCACAGAAAUGCUGUUUGCAACACUGUUAAGAGGUUGAUGACCAAGUCAUUCCAAUAGAAAGUUUCAGACAUAUCAAAAUACAUAUAAUAAAAAUGUUUAUUUAUAGU